GACCUCUCGUAACCUCCGACGAGGACUUUUAUUUUAAAGGUUUUCUCGCACGCAUGCGCACACAACUGUAAACAAACCAGCGACAUCUGAAACGAGGAACUGGUUGGCAAAGAAGAGGGUUAUUAGUUUUUUUUAACAUUAAAAAUGGUAUCAAUAGGCGAAGUGGUCUGUCUGCUGUUGGUAGCGAUCUUGUGGGGAGGGACGAACCCAUUUUUGAAAAAAGGCACGGAAGGCAUUGAACAAGUACAACGAGGCAACAAGCUCCAUCAGUUUAUAGCAGAGGUCAAAUUCUUGUUUUUCAACCUAAAGUAUUUGGUACCAUUCCUGUUGAACCAAAGUGGAUCGCUAGUGUUCUACUUCACUCUUGCUUCUACGGAUCUUUCCUUAGCUGUGCCAGUGGUGAACUCUCUCACCUUUCUGUUCACAUUGCUGAUGGGUAAGUUCCUGGGAGAAGAGUUUGGAGGAAAAAGUGCUGUGUUGGGGAUGAUACUCAUCAUGUCUGGAGUGACAGUAUGUGUGUUGAGUUCGGUCUCGGAGACGGACGUUAAAGGGCUUCACAACACAAGUGAGCACUAGAUUAACAACUGCUGGACUGCAAGAUGAAUGCAGAGUUUGGUUCUGAAUCCCAGAUCUGCUCCAGUUUCUCACAUUCAUAUCACUGGCCAUGACCUGCAACUAUCUGUGCUGCUGUAUUUUGAGGGUGCACUGUGAACUAAUGCUAAGUAAAGGAAACCUCACAUCUGUACACUGUAAAAUGUUUUUGCACUUUAAUUGUACAAUAUGUUGAAAUUGUCUAAUUUUGUACCAGUCAAGUGUAGGUGGAUUAUGUAAUCUACAAAAUAAAUGUAAAUAUUGUAUUGUUAAGAAUAAUUGAAGUACCAAAUGUUGAAUUAAACUUUUAUUGUCUUUUA